AUGGCCGGCCUGGUCCGCGGUCAGAGCUGCAGCAUGGGCUCGCUCGGAACCCUCAGCGUCAGCGUCAACAAGUCUGGCCUGGUGCAGGUCUGCCUGAGCAACGCGCCGGGGUGGCAGAUCCAUACCAAGCAGGGCGAGUGGAUGAACCUCAAGGACGGCACGCCGCCCACCCUGGUGGACCAGAACAGCUGCUCCACCUGCUUCACCCAGGUGGGCGGUUCGGGCAACACGGCGAUGUGCUACGUCGAGUUCGACGUCACCCUAAACCACCACCUCACGACCGCUCAGGUGGCCGGUGCCCUCAACCGCUUCGCCAACAACUACAACAUCGUUGGAACCCCCGGGACGACCGGCCAGAGCGUGACCCAGCCGCUGUGCAGGCUGGGCUAG